GACUACAAAUGCUAAGCUGAUUUGUUUGGAAACAAAAAUUUUAAUCUUAUCGCGUCGCGGCAGGCGUACGAAGUACGCCAGUGAUAGCUGAUGAGGCAGUCAUAAACACGACACAUAUCAAAAUGCUGCUAUUGGAGCUAAAAAUUCUUACGCUGAACAUAUGGGGCAUUCCACUUGUCUCCAGCAACCGCGCGCCACGUAUCGAGGCCAUCAGCAAGGAACUGAGCAGCGGUCAGUAUGACAUAGUGUCCUUGCAGGAAGUCUGGUCACAGCAUGACAGCGAGCAACUCCAGCAGAGCACGGCCAGUGUCCUGCCCUAUUCCCAUUACUUUCACAGUGGAGUCAUGGGCGCAGGCCUGUUGGUGCUCUCCAAGUAUCCAAUUCUGGGAACGCUAUUCCAUGCCUGGUCUGUCAACGGCUACUUCCAUCGCAUACAGCACGCCGAUUGGUUUGGUGGCAAGGGCGUGGGCCUUUGUCGCAUUCUGGUCAAGGAUCAAAUCAUUCAUCUGUACAACGCCCAUUUACAUGCCGAAUACGACAAUGACAACGAUGAAUACAAAACGCAUCGUGUGAUACAAGCAUUCGACACGGCCCAAUUCAUAGAGGCUACGCGAGGUACUUCGGUGCUCCAGAUACUGGCUGGUGAUCUCAAUACUCAACCUCAGGACAUUUCGUAUAAGGUUCUGCUACUCACUUCAAAGAUGACAGACAGCUGUGCCUCAGACUCGCUUCGGACAAAUGAGUGCAGCAGGAACUCGUACACAUCGGCAAGUGCCCUGGCCAAGAAUCCCCUGGGCAUACGGAUUGAUCAUAUUUUCGUGAGGGGCGCUGAUAAUAUAAAGGCAGAUAUAAUUGAAUAUACACUACCAUUCCCAGAGCGCGUGCCUGGACAGAAGUUCAGUUUCUCGGAUCAUGAAGCUGUGAUGGCUAAACUAAGACUUACCCGUCUGCCAACGUCGUGUGGGCGCAAUGAAGCAGCGGUUGGAAAUGCAAUUAAUACGGAAGAUGUUGAGUGCAAUAUAGGUGAAGAUGUUUGCCCGGCAGAUGAUGCUGGCGGUGCAAUAAAAGGAACUGAAGCAGUUAAUGGCAAUGGCUGCACAGCUAAUGCCCAAUCCUUGCCUGCUGCUCGCACAGCAGCGUUGAAUGAGGCACUGGCUCUAUGCGAAGCUUCCCUCUUGCAGUUGAAUACUGAUCGUCUAUUAUAUUAUAGUGCAGCGACUGUUCUAUUUGUAAUCCUUGUUUUGCUGAUUGAAUUUGAUCCUCCGGUGGGACUUCAGACGAUUUAUGUACUGCUCAAGUUCAUCGUAUUUGGCGUCAUAUUAUUCUGCCUGUUUAUGGCUUCCAUUUGGAACUACAUGGAACGCAAUGGAGUGCUGCAAGGCAAGAAGUCCAUGGAGGUGAUGCUGCUGCAUGCCCAGAAAUAUGAAUAUUUUUAUUGAUCCGCAUGUCAAUUAUCCAUUAACUGUAAUAGAGAAGAAGCUCAAUAAGCAUUUAUAUAUUUAUACGUCUCG